AUGGCUCCUCCUGUCCAUCUCAAGCAGCCGCCACCGGCAGAGCCAGUUCAUUCUGGACGCGCCUUCGACCCGUGGAAUUCGGUAGCGGCCGGUCAUCAGCGAGCCGAGACUCGGGUGCCAACCGGGUGGCGUGAAUCUCGUGCCAGGAAACUGCAGAAUCAGUUUCGCGCCGGUCCUUCCGGUGGCGACCGGAUGUUGGACUCUGUUGGGGCUGGCGCCCAAGAUUUCGACGAGAAGCGUGGCGUCUUAAUUUCAAAGGAGGUACGAGCUCGCGCACUGAACAGCGUUGCCGAUAUGCUACGGAACCCUGGCACCAUGGCCACGGCCUCACAAGCAAGUUCGCAGUCACAUGCUUGUCUACCAGAAGAGAAAGGGCUGCAGAAAGGAGCAGAGUAUGUUCAAGACGAUGAUACCCGGGGGCUGGGAGACGCUCAACAAGGACAGAAGAACGAGGAAGGCCAAAGCACCAGCAGGAAAAUCUUUGAUGGGUUGAAUAUCUACGUGAACGGCAGCACUCAUCCUCUGAUAUCUGAUCAUAAACUGAAGCAAGUCCUCGCCGAGAAUGGUGCUCGUACGUCAAUCCAUCUCGGUCGUCGCCAAGUCACACACGUCAUCCUAGGCAAACCGUCCGGUCGAAAUACCGGCGCCGGUGGUGGACUCGCCGGCGGGAAACUGGAGAAAGAGAUCCGUAGAGUCAGCGGUUAUGGCGUCAAGUAUGUCGGUGUUGAAUGGGUUCUGGAGAGCAUCAAGGCAGGCAAGCGGCUGCCCGAGGCGAGGUUCGCUAACCUCAAGAUCGCGGCAAAGGGGCAGCACAGCGUUCUCUCCGCCUUCUCAAAGAACAAGCCGCCAGCAUGA